AAUUCGUCAGAGAGACGCCAGGGCGACCCCAACGAUGAGCUGGGGGACGUAGCACAGAAAUGUGAAUCAUUUGACUAUAAAUCGACAGACCCCGAUAACACUUUUGCUGUUGAAAUAGACAGAAUUCCCAAGGACUCAAAUGAAAAUAGAGAAUCUGGUAUUGUUACCGAUGGGCUUGCUAGCCAGACUGAAAGCAGCAUUGCGCUUCGAGCUAAUGAUAGAUCAGAGAUAUGUAACGAGUUGGUAGAUUUAACAUCUUCUGAAGAAAAGACCCACAACACCGAUGUUUCCUUCAACAAGCAGCGGCAUUUCGAUUGGUCUGAGACGGAGGACGAGGAAGACGGCACGGAUGCAAAAGAGAAUGGAAACGACGUUCGUAAUGGUGAUAUGGGGAUGACUCCUGAGGUGCAUCAGGAUAAGAUUACUGAAGAUAUCUCAGAUGCAGAGGAUGUGGGAAAAGAAAAAUCACAUUCUGACGAGGAGAUGGAUGUAUCAAAAGACACAGGUGAAGAACAAGAUUGUAAUGGAGGAAAGGGGGUGGAGGAGGAAGAAGAGGAGGAGGAAGAAGAAGAAGGAGGAGAAGAGGACCAAACAGUGAAACGGAGGAAAUGUAGUUUGGAGUGCAAAGACUGUGGGAAGAGGUUCACCCGUCGGGAGACAUUCAACCUCCAUCGUCACUUCCACGCUCACCAGGAUGAACUGGCCUCACUCACCUGUAAGGAGUGCGGCCUUACCUUCCAUCACCGCAGCAGCCUCAUCAAGCACCGCAGUGAGCACCAACAGAAGGUUGAACAGCCUGUGGAGCGGAAGAAGAGAAGGAGCCCACAGGGAGUCCACAAGGAGGAGAGGUCAGGCUUCCAGUGUGACCACUGUGAAGAGACUUUCCCAUCACUGAGCAAACUGAGGCUCCACACCUGCAACUGUGCCCCGGAUAAGGCGUACCGCUGCCCCCUGUGCCGCAAAGAGUUCCGCAUGAAGAUCUCCAUCACCAGCCACAUGCAGAACCACUCCCUGAGCUCCCACCCUUUCCGCUGCCAGGAGUGCCACAAGAGCUUCUCUGACAUAUUUUCCCUGCGUGACCACCAGGGCUCCCAUGCCUCCCUCAAGCCCUACGCAUGCCCAGAGUGUGGCAUGGUGUUCAGGCACCGCUCUGUCAUGGAGGACCACCGUCGUAAGCACACAGAGGACACACAAGGCCCCCACCGGUGCAACAUCUGUGGGAAGCACUUCAAGUAUUCCAGCCUCCUGCAACAGCACCAAUACCUUCACACAGGCCAGAAACCAUUCCGCUGCCCAGACUGUGGCAAAACGUUUGCCUUAGCCCAGAACAUGAAGGCGCACUGCCGCCAGCAUAGACGGCACCCUCACACCUGCUCUAUCUGCCCCCUCACUUUCCCCGACCAGGGCAGUCUGCAGGCUCACGUGUCAUGCCACGAGACAGUCGGGGGACUAGACAAGGAGAACACAAACCACGGGGUGGAGCCAAAACGUAUAUUCAACUGUCCCCUCUGUCCUCAGAACUUUCCUUCACCAGCUGACCUGAGGGCUCACAUGCUGAUCCAUGAAGCGGAGCAUGAGAGGAUGGAGAACGGGGCGUGUAAAGACUGGGAAACAAACCGUUACACCUGUCCCCACUGCCCUGCCACCUACUCUGACCAGUCUAAUAUGAUGGCCCACCUGACAACUCACGCGUCUGCCCGGGUCAGUGUAGAGAGGCAGGGUAAUGGACUUGAAGUAGGGAGAUCUGCUCCACUUAACACUGCCAAUGUUCCAGGGAGGUGGCAUAGGGAGGAGAUGAGUAGUAAGCCUUUAAAGUGUCCAGACUGUGGCAAGUUGUUCCGUCACCGCUCUGUGUUAACGCUGCACAUGCGUAUUCAUUCCAAGGACAAGCCUUACCAGUGCAGGGUGUGCAACAAGUCCUUCAGAUUCAACAGCUAUCUGCAGCAGCACAUGAUCAUUCACACCGGGGAGAAACCAUACAAGUGCCCAGACUGCAGCAAGGACUUUGCUUUCCUGCAGAACAUGAGAACCCAUCAGAGGCUGCACACACAGAAACCGUUCCGCUGCACAAAGUGCCGUAAGGGAUACAGCGACGAGAAUCAGCUUCAGCGCCAUUUGCUGUCACACAACGGCGAAAAGCCCCACAAGUGCCACCUCUGUGAAAAGAGCUUUGGGCUGGCCUACCUGCUGCGGGACCAUCUGAACACCCACACAGGCGAAAGGCCCCAUCGCUGUCAGGAGUGCCACAAGACAUUCCCCUGGCUCGGCAGCCUGCUGGUGCAUCAGAAAAUCCACGCUCGAAAGCGCCAGGGGUCGAGUCAGCCUUACUCUUUUCCAAUGGCAAUGAGGAUAAGAGGCAAGGGUAGCAGGGGCCGGAGCGGAGGCAGGCUGGCAUCAGGCUGGCCCAGGCCGGGUGGAAUGGGGCGAUCAGGUAUGGACACGCCCCAACAAACACCUCCAUAUCAAGUCCCAAUAUCUAGGAGUCCUGAGUGGCAGAGGAGGCCGGCCCAGCCACAGCCUCCCAUGUUUUCAUCCCAGAUGGAUAUGCAGCAGCCAGGGGAGACGUCUGCGAGAAGGCCUCCACCAGUCCACCAACAGUGGCGGGUGGAAGGUGGAGAACUGAGGCCUGUCCCACUGCCUAACCAGUCUCAACCGUCUCAGGAUCCUGAAAGACAACCAGCGCCUGUCCAACAGCAGCCAUCUCCACAAACACAGCCACAGCAGGUACCACAGUCUCCACUGAUACAACAACAAGUGCAAUUACAGCUACAGCCACAUCUACAUCCGCAGCUGCGCCAACAGCAGGUUCAGCAUCAUCUACAGUCUCCGCUGAUCCAACAGCAAUUACAGUGGCAGCAACCAGGUGGACAGCUCCAGCCCCAGCCAGUACCACAGCAGCAGUGGCAGCCUGCCAGACACUUGCUCCAACUCCAGCAAAAGCUGCCCUGGUUACCAGAUGCUCAGCCCCGGCCCACCCCACCACAGCAACCCCAGCAGUGGCACUCAGAUGGCCUGCCUCGGCCACCCCCACAACAACAGCAGAGGAAUUCAGGCAGGGCAGAGGCACCUACAACGUCACAGCCUGGUCUUAGUGCAUCUCAGAGCCUAGAACCCCCUCCUCCAGGAGAAAGUGGAGGGACCAUGCCCUUGGGUAACAAAACACCCCCAGUGGCCGGGCCACAGAACCCCAGCCCAUUAGCUGUGAGUGAGCAGGAGCAACACAGGCAACAGCCGAAGCCCAUGAGCUGGGGUAACACACCCACUACACCACCAGUCCCCACACUGAGCUCUGUUCAGCUUGACUUCCCUGGGUCCCCCAUUUACAUGGAUGGGGCUGCUUUGUGGGGUGGGCUGAGGUCCUCUCCAUCAGUGCCACCAUCCCAGAGCGCAUCAAACAAGCUGGGCCAAGAGCUUAAGCUACCAAGAUGGUCGAGCGUCUCAGUGCCAAUGCAGAAAGCUGUUAAUGAAUCACCCACACCUCCUAGAAAAGAGGACACUAGAGUUUGGGACUUUAAUGCACCUCUGGUAAUGUCCCCAACUGUUAGUUCAUCAGAGAAAGCUGGGAGUGGGCGUGAGCAGCAGAAACAGUGGUCUCCAGCUCUACUCAGUACAUCCUCCUCAGCUCAGAUGGGCCACAGCUCUGUCAUGUCAAUUUCAAGCCCUCCAUCUCAUGGGAUUGGAGGUAGUCCAUGGGAUUUCAAAGGAUCCCCCUCAAACAAAUCAGGCCUUAGCCAGGAGUUAGAGCAGCAGCAGCAAAAACAUCUAUCCUCCAGCUGGACCAAUGUACCCACAUCCACCCAGAAUGUUCCCAUCUCCAUUCAAUAUGACCCACAACGUUUCACUCACGGGGUGGGACCCACUGUGUGGGGUUUCCAAACCACUCCAGCUGGCCCGCAGCAGCAGCCAAUGGUAACAGGCACUCAAAUCAUCAUAAAUCAGACCUCUCCUUUCUUCUCUCCUCUCCCUCCGCUCCCUCCACUUAGUUUGCCUGGCUCACACCCUCUUCACUCUGUAGCAGUCGGCUCUCUACCAAGGCCUCCACACCCAAACAUUUUCUUCACGCCACAGGCGGUCAUGAGUGAGAGGCCACACAUGACACAGACCCUGUCGCUACCUCAGCUAGCCCCACGGCCUGUUCCUCACAAACUGGGCCGUUUGCCUUAUGCCCCAGACCGCCUUCUCCAGUGCAUGAUCUGUGGGUGCUCUCUACCCCGGGAGUUAGACUUGCAAAUGCACUACAUGCAGCAUGCACAGGGAGAGAUUUGACACUGGCAAAGAGUGCAUCUACCACUCUGUUUUUCCAAAUGUUUUUAAAUGUACAUUUAUUGUAUAACUAUAGCAAUUUAGCUGUGUUUUGUGUCCUUUUUGGACAUUCUCCAUGUUGUUGAUCUGUCACUCUAUAAGAAAGGGUCAGAUACUCUCAAAGUGUAUAGUUUGUUAACUUUAUCAAGCACAGUUGUCAGUUUUCUGAGUUCACAGCUUUACCUUAAACUGCAAAGAACUUAGAAAUAUGACUGUGUAAUGGAUUUCUUGGCCAGUACCAUCAUAUUUACUGUGUUGUAAACAUACCAUGGAUUUACCCAGUUUAUUAGGUACACCAGCCCGUUCACAAAAAUAUUUUGCACCUAUAGACAGUGAGUCACGUGGCCGUGGCUUGCUAAAUAAAGCAGGCAUCGAGGCAUUCAGUUACUACUCAAAUGAACGUUAGAAUGGGCAAAACAAGUGACCUCAGCGACUUUGAGCGUGGUAUGAUCGUUGGUGCCAGUCGCACUGGCUACAGUAUCUCAGAAAUGGCAGGCCUCCUGGGUUUUUCAGAGAUGCGUGUCUAGGGUUUAUUGAGAAUGGUGUGAAAAACAAAAAACAGUCAGCGGUACUAGAUGGGUGUACCUUAAACUGGCCGCUGAGUGUGUAUGUCAACUUAUGGAUCUUUGUUAGUUUUUCUUUCUGUGUACAUACACUCUGUCUUCGUUACACCAUUUAAAUGUAUUCCUCAAACAAGUGGAUUUCACCUGUGUUGCACUGCAUAUUUGUGCCUUUUAUUGUUUCAAAACACUCUGCAUGUUCUUUCUGCUCUCUCUUAAUGUUGUAGUGGGUGUUAUUCAAGUUGUCAGGUCGGAAUAAUGAGUCAUUUCUUAUUCUGUCUUCAUUUGGGUUAACGUUUAUCUUGUUUUGGUGCUAGAGUUAUGAAAUUAGGGUUAUUGGGAGGAGCACACAUUUUUAUCCAAACAGUGUGGCAUGGGUUAGUAUACAAAUUAAUGUAUUGUAUUCAAAUGAAAAACUAAUAACUCACUUUACCUGUUGGGUUUGUGAUAUUGUAUCAGGAACAUGACAAUGUUGCCAGAAGAUACGCUUGUUUACACUGAGCUGCACUGGGAUCAGAAAGCAAUCAUGGUUAUAUUAAGAAGCCGUGGAGCAGACGCGAGAUAUGGGUCGGAAAACGUACCUCUAUGCAAGGAUGGGAUAAGCCACUAUACUCCAAAUGUUACCUUUAUCCACAUUGUACAUAUCUUGCGCCGGCUCCACGGUGUCUUAAUGUAACCAUGCUUGUGUUCAGACCCCAGUGCUGCUCAGUGUAAAUCAACGUAAUGGUAGGGUCGUUAUCUUCUGGCAAAACAUAAUGUAACAUAUUUUACGUUUUACUACAUCUGUGCAUUAGCAGUAGUUUUAAAUAUGUAAAUACCUGGUAAUAAAAACCAUUGGG